GGUCCCCAAAGAAAAAAAAAAGACAAGAAAGAAAAAGCAAAGGAAAUUCGGAUCCCCUCACGAACCACGCGAUCCACACACACAACGCCUUGUUUGCUUGGUUACUUCUCUUUUUACCCCUGAAUCCGACGUGAGGGUCGUCCCCUUGGGCUCCAUUUCUUUUGACAGGGCCGAACUGACUGUAACGGUGCUGCAGGAGGAUGGUCCCCACGAGGGAUGGACCUUGGGUUGAUCUUGUUUUUUGUUUUUUUUGUCGAUGUCGUCGUCGUAUGUGUGUUCCUGCUCGAUUUUCUUCCGUUUUUUUGUGAUCUUAUGAUUGUUGGACGGUUGCAGCCAUUUUUUUUCUAUUCUAACACGAUCAGUUCAGUUUGUUUUUGACCCCCUUUUCGUCCUUUUUUUUUUCUGUCUCUUUGCUGGUUUAGCUGUAGGGGUUGCCUCCCUGUGUGAUAGCUGACGGCGACGAGAACAGGGUCGUCCGCUCCUUUUGCAUCUUUUGUGCUUUUGUUUCGAGUUCAUCUUUUUGUUUUGCUCUCUUUUUUCUUUGCACCUAUUACUUCUGCCUACCUGUGGUGGUCCAAUCCAUUCCUUUUUUUUAUUAUUAUUCUUGCUAGGAACAUACCGUACGCGCGCAUUCCCGAACGAAAGCAAAAAGAUCCUCAUUUUAAACAAAACUCUAAACGCCCCAAACAAAAGCCAUCGACAGCGCAGCGAAACAUAGGCUACUGUGCAUAUACAUAAAGCGACUCGCUGCAAAAAGGACUACGCACGACCGCCACGCCGAGAGACACGCUUCCCCCCCCUAGACAAAACAAAACCACGCAAACGUUCUUAACACGACAUUUAAAGCCAACGAGAAGAAACUUUUAAGGAACCCUGAUCGGCAAGGGGAUAGUGAGGUUGCUUAGAAAAGCGAGGCAAAAAAGAAACAAAAGAACGCCACAAGGAAGAAAAUCCCGGCGAGUCGGUUGCCCAAGGGGGAAAACAAGCCGUCCGAAAUUGCGGCCGGGGAAAAAAAAGACAAGACGAAGAUUUCCAGAAACAGACUCUAGAAGCGAAAACUUUCCGUCUUUAAUCUUUUCAUUUCCCGGUUUUUUUCUUGAAUAGUCUUAUUUUUCAUGAUACCCUGUUAAUACACCUUUUUUCGGUAAAGAUGGUGUCCUUCUUUGGUCUCGGGAGGAAAAAGAAAUCCUCCCAAGACACCACAAACGGAAAUGCCCUCCCCAAGACGACGGCAAUGGUGGCCGCGGCGGCGGCGGUGCACGUUGCCUCGGCGCCGGCACCGUGGAUGCUCCCGACGAGCGACGACAAGAACAAGAUGAGCAGCAGCAGCAACAGCUUCCACGACAUACCGCGGCCGCCGGUGCUGGGGCCUCGGCCGGGGACAUCGGCGUCGAUGCGGGCCAACACGUCGCCGCUCCUGCCGACAUAUGGCAGCAGCAACGCGCACGAGUUCCCGCCGCGGAGCGACAGCAGGAACCGGCCCAGGGCGGACAGCCACGCGCUGCCGCGGCCCGACAUGUUUGGCAUGCGGCUGGGCAACGGCAGCACCAGCAGCCUGAAGCGGCCGCCGGCGCUGGGCGAUGGGCUCCCGGCCCGGCCCGGCACGUCGCACGGCGAGGACAGGAGCAGGCAGUGGGUCAACCCGCUCGACGUGCACUACGGUCGCAACGCCACGGUGCCGGCGGGGGCAAGUCGCCCAAGAUGGUGAUGGAGAGCGGCGGCGGCGGCGGCGGCGGCAGUCGGGCGGCUGGCGUGGUGGACGAGGGCGACGACAAGCCCGUCGUCAUCACGCAGGUCAACAGCUCCAGCCCGCCGCUGCUGUCGCCGCUCGAGGGAUUCGCAGGCCCGCCGCCCACCAUGGCGCUGCCGUCGCCGCCCAGGUCGACCAAGGGGAGCAGGGACAGGGACGAUGGGCUGAGGCCUGUUCGGCCGCCCGGUGGGGGGUUGCCGUCGCCGGCCAUGUCGACCGACGAGGGCAACGGGUUGAGCCGGAGCGGGAGCGGCGGAAGCGACAAGGCAAUGGAUGCGGUGGCCCUGGUGGGCGGCAGUGCUGCGGCCGCUGGCGGCCUCGGGAGCAUCCCCAAACCCAUCGGGGUGGUGAUCCAGUCGGUGGGUGCCAAGAGGGACACGCUCACCAUGAGCGGGCCCAGGCAGCAGAGCCUGAGCAUGACCAUCGAGGCCUUUGAAAAGUCGCUGUUGACGGCGCAGCAGGAGAGCGAGCAGAGGGCCAGGACCGCCGUCACCAUGUCGGGGAGGACGACGCCGCAGAUGCACGACGGCGACGGGAGCAGGAGCUCCAGCAGGGCGGGAAUCGCACCAGCACCGCAAGGGUUGGGCAUCUCCAACAUGGCUCAAAUGAGACCAGCUUCACCCCUGCUGCGGCCCGAGGAAAGGAGACCAUCGCCCGCCUUUGCCAACAACAAGAUUGGCUCUCGCUCCCAGAGCCCCCUGGGCAUGCGUGGCCCACCACCCACCGGACCUCUGCCGUCACCAAAAAACAUGAGGGCCGGGGAACAGCGUCCAAACCCUCCAUUCGCAGGCCGCCCACGCCCGCAGAGCCCCAUGGGGAGAGGGCCCAGGUCGGAGAGUCCCAUGCGGCUGCCGCCUCCGCAGAACAGAGCAGCCAGGACGCAGAGCCCGAUGGGACGCGGUCCGAUGCCAUCGCCACUAGCACCACCGCAGCAACAGCAACAACAACAGCAACAACCACAGCAACAGCAGACACCAAUGCGGAGUCCGGCGGCACGAACCCCUGGAGCCAGGCGGCCAACCGUGACCACCGCCGGCUUGCCCACCACCACCACCACAGGCUUGCCCGCACCCGGCAGCCCCAUCACCGAGCAGCAGCUGCCGCCCUUCAGCCGCGAGCCCGGCGGCGCAUACAACACACAGCACUCGCCGCAGUUCGACCUCGAGAUCCACCGCCCGCUGCCGAGCCUGGGCAGCAGCCCGACGACGCUGGACUUUGCCAACGGUCCGGGCCCCGUCGUCACCACCGCCCCGCCGAGCCCCAUGGUGCGAACCGUCCCGCCCAUGGGCUCAUCCACCGCCCCCUCCAGCCCCGUCAUCCGCGGUCCCCUCGGUGCCCUGCCGCGGAGGCCAGCCGCCGACGAGUACGGCGUGCCCCUGCCGCGCUCCAACUCGGACCGCGACCUGCUGCGCGGCCCGCCCAAGGCCGCCAUCGGAGCCCACCGCGGCAACGACUCGCCCCUGACGCCGCCGCUGCGCUCUCCGGCCAAGAUUGACGCUCGUCCCCGGGACAAUAGCAACAGCAAUACCAAUACCAAUAGCAACAACAACAACAACAACAACAACAACAACAACAACAACAACAACAACAACAACAACAACAACAACAACAACAACAACAACAACAACAACAACAACAGCAACACCUCGCCCCAGCCCCUCGUUCUUUCUCCCAACAACCCGCCGCUGCAGCUCUCGCCGGCCUCGGGUCCGCCCACCUCCUCCUCCGCCUCCAAGCACCAGCAGCAGCACUCGCUCGAGCUCAGCUGGAGCUUCUCCAAGGAGGGCGCCGACGCCACCAAACCCAGCAACAAGUUCGCCGCGCCCCUGCCCAGCCCGCUGUUUGCGAACCGCGACUUUGGCGGGCCGCUCAGCGCCACCAUCGGCGGCAGCACGAGCGGCAGCCACAACCCCGUCAACCGCAGCAACAGCAGCGGCACCAGCAACGCCAACACCUACAAGAACAAGAACCUACAGGUCCCGUCCCGCGGCCCGAGCCCCGCCCCGAGCCCCAAGUUCCCCUUCAACGACGGCAAGGACCACGACAAUGAAGAGGACGGCAUGAGCGCGCCCCCGACCCCCGACUCCACCAACUGGCCGCUCCCGUCAUUGUCCCCGAGCCUCGGCCACCUCCAGCCGCCGCCCUCGUCAUCGCGGUCGCGCAGCGCCAGCGCCGCCAGCCACUGGAUGGGCGGGGACAGCAUCAGCAUCACCAAGACGACCAACAACACCACCCUCGGCAACAUCACCACCAUCACCACCACCAACAACGACAAUAACAUCACCGGCAGCCCGUUCAGGAAGCACACGGCCGGGGACAGCCAGGGCAGCAACUGGUCGCGCGACAGCCCCUCGAGGCCGCCGCGGACAAAGGUCCCUCCCCCGCUGAACCUGUUCAGCGCCCAGCAGUACGCCGAGGUCAUUGGGUCCAUCGGGCCGUUCACGCCCAGCCCGACCAGGAGCAUGACCACGCCCAUCGCCGCCUGCGACGUCGCCGCCGUCAUGGGCGGCGACGCCAAGGGACUCGCUGCUCACCACUACCAACAGCAGUCGCAGCAGCCUUACCACCACCAUCCGGGAGCCAUUGGCAUGGCCAGGGGGUUGAGUCUCGUCCACGAGCAGCAGCACCUGUGGGGAGAGCACCGGCAGCAGCCGCAGCAACAGCAGCAGCAACAACAGGGGCCUUCGCCAAGGAGGCCGAAUCAUGGGCUAGAGGCCCCAACUGGAAUUGCGGAUAGGUUCGGGACGGGAUUUAUCUAAAGUGGGGGGAGUUGGCAUGCUUGGCAGUCAAUUGAUGGCAAGGUACAAAACAAAAAAAGAGGAAAUACCUCUACCGUACAUGAUACAUACCUUACCUAGAAUCUUUGAGAGAUAUUCAAAGACGAGGCAAUAAAAGGGAAAAAAGAAAAGAGACGGAGGAACUCAAAAAGCGAGGGCGUUGGUCUUUCGAAACGGCUGCUUUUUCCAAGACGGAAUUCCCUUUGUUUAUUUUUCUUGUCAUGUUGGUUUCUUUGGAGUUGAGGAUAAUUCAUAAUGUAAUCUGGAACUUAAUCCUGGUUGGUUGGUUC